AGCGCGGGUGUGGCCGGGGGCGUGUCGCGGGAGCGCCCGAGAGCGUUCGCGUCCGUGACCGGGUGCGCGCGCCUCGGGUGACAUGCGGGGUUCGGCGGGCGCCCGCGCCCUCGCGAGGCGAGGUGGGCCCUGCACGAAGCCCUGGGCGGGCCGAGGCCCGGCGGCGGCGGCGCCAGCCGCCCCGGCCCGUACCGUGCGGGGAAGGCCGCGCUCACGGGGCGGCCUCGCCCCCGAGGCCCGGCGAGGAGCGGUGGCCUGGGCGCCCGCGCGGGAAGCGCGGGUGUCCCGGGACGCUGCGCCUCUCCGCGAGCGGACCCGCCGGCGGGCGGCGGCGCCGACAGCCCGACCCGGAGCCAUGGCUCAGGGCCUGGUGACAUUUGGGGACGUGGCUGUAGCUUUCUCCCCUGAGGAGUGGGAAUGGCUGAACUCCACUCAGAGGCGUCUGUACAGGAGGGUGAUGUUGGAGAACUACCGGAACCUGGAGUCUCUGGGACUUUGUGCUUCAAAGCCCGACCUGAUCUCCUCUUUGGAACAAGGAAAAGACCCCUGGGUGGUGAAGAAAAGGGCAACAGGAGGCCGGCACCCAGGCGUGGAGGCUGUGCAGAAGACCCAGGAGUCACUUCCAGAGGACUUAUGUGAGGAAAAACCACCCCAGGCAGCAGCAGCAGCAGAGGGGCUCGCACAUUGUUGCCUGGAGUACUCUCUUUUAGGGGAGAACUGGGAUUCUGAUGCUCUAUUUGAGACACAACCAGGCUUGGUGACUGUCACCAGCAUGACUAUGGACUUCUCCCAGCAGCGAGACCCAGCUCAGAGGACUCUCUGUCAGGACGUGAUGUGGGAGAAGCAUAGUGACCUGGGGUCCGUAGGACGCAGUGUCUCUAAGCCAGACAUGGUCUCUUUCCUGGAGAGAGAGAAGGAGCCCUGGAUGGGAGGCAGAGAGCUGGCUGCAGGCCUGUUCUCAGGCCAGCGAUCUGUACAUGAGACCCAGGAAUUAUUUCCAAAACAGGACUCACAUGCUGAUGGGGUAACAGACAGAACUUCAAGUGCUGAACUUGAGUGUUCCACUUUCAAAGAGAAUUGGGCUUCUGAGUGUGUGUUUGAAAAGAAGCUGGCACUUCAAGAGACAAUUACUCAUAACAAAGCCCUCUCAAAGGAGAGAGAGCAUAUGUAUAACAAACCUAGAAGGUGGUUCCACUUGAAUAGUUCAGAAGAGAGAGUUCAUAGUUGUGAUUCAGGUAAAGGUUUUCAGAAAACCUCAGUGGUAAUAAAACAAACAGGAAUCUAUGCAGGAAAAAAACUUUUCAAAUGUAACAAAUGUAAGAAAACUUUUACUCAGAGCUCAUCCCUUACUGUUCAUCAGAGAAUUCAUACUGGAGAGAAGCCCUAUAAAUGCAGUGAAUGUGGAAAGGCCUUCAGUGAUGGCUCUUCCUUUGCGCGACACCAGAGAUGUCACACGGGCAAGAAGCCCUAUGAGUGCAUUGAGUGUGGGAAAGCCUUCAUACAGAACACGUCCCUUAUUCGCCACUGGAGGUACUACCACACCGGGGAGAAGCCCUUCGACUGCACUGAUUGUGGGAAGGCCUUCAGUGACCACAUAGGGCUGAACCAGCACAGGAGAAUUCACACUGGAGAGAAACCUUACAAAUGCGAUGUGUGUCACAAGUCCUUCAGGUACGGCUCUUCCCUUACUGUACAUCAGAGGAUUCAUACUGGAGAAAAACCUUAUGAGUGUGACGUCUGCAGGAAAGCCUUCAGCCAUCACGCCUCGCUUACACAGCAUCAAAGAGUACAUUCCGGGGAAAAGCCUUUUAAGUGCAAAGAAUGUGGGAAAGCCUUUAGGCAGAAUAUACACCUUGCCAGUCACUUGAGGAUCCAUACUGGAGAGAAGCCCUUUGAAUGUGGCGAAUGUGGGAAGUCCUUCAGCAUCAGCUCGCAGCUCGCCACGCAUCAGAGGAUUCACACGGGAGAGAAGCCCUACGAAUGCGAGGUCUGCAGUAAGGCUUUCACCCAGAAGGCCCACCUGGCCCAGCACCAGAAGACUCACACGGGCGAGAAGCCCUACGAAUGCAAGGAGUGUGGGAAGGCCUUCAGCCAGACCACCCACCUGAUCCAGCACCAGAGGGUCCACACUGGAGAGAAGCCCUACAAGUGUGUGGAGUGUGGGAAGGCCUUCGGGGACAACUCCUCCUGUACCCAACACCAGAGGCUUCACACUGGCCAGAGGCCUUACGAGUGCAUCGAGUGCGGGAAGGCCUUCAAGACGAAGUCCUCCCUCAUUUGUCAUCGCAGAAGUCACACUGGAGAGAAGCCUUAUGAGUGCAGCGCGUGUGGCAAGGCUUUCAGCCAUCGGCAGUCCCUUAGCGUACACCAGAGGAUUCACUCCGGGAAGAAACCGUAUGAAUGUAAGGAAUGCAGGAAAACCUUCAUCCAAAUCGGACACUUGAACCAGCACAAGAGAGUUCACACUGGAGAGAGGUCCUACAGCUACAAGAAGAGCAGAAAGGUCUUCAGGCAGACUGCACACUUUGCUCACCAUCAGCGGAUUCAUUCUGGAGAGUCUUCCACGUCGAAUCCUGUGGAUCUGUUUCCCAAAUUUCUCUGGAAUCCAUCCUCGCUUCCAUCACCGUAGCCUCAGGAUGUCAUUUAAAAACUCAUCUGUCUGCCCUUUGCUUUGAUUUAUCCCUUAUAAGUUUGUUCUUCACAGAUAGAUUUUUAAAAGUAAAAAUAUAAUUAAUUCAUCUGUAUAAAACAUAUUGAAAUCCUCUCAAUAAUCAAUGCAUAAGAUGUACUUAGCACAGUGCUGGUCCAUGCUAAGCAUUCAGUAAACUUGCUUUGUUUCUUU